AUGUUUGCCCUGCUCGCAGCCUCCGCCGCCGCGGUCCCGUCUAGGCUGGUGGUUACGACGACGAGAGGGUCGCCCGCUUCAGUGCAGGCAGCGCAGAUGGCCGCUGCUCGGCGCGGAAACGUCAAUAUGACAAUCCGAGCAGCCCACAAAACCCUCACAGUGGUCGAAUUCGAGGACAACAGCACGGCGCGAGCCUUCCAGGACCAGGCGGAGCGCUCGGGGCUAAGGGUCGAGGAGGAUCAGCGGCGCUUCCUAGCAACAAGCUCGGCCUCGGCUUCGCGGAAGCGGCAGCUAGCCGAGGAAACGCCAUGGGGGAUCGAGCGUGUGUACAACGAAGCGGUGCCGAACGCCUCCUUCUUCCCGUCGGCGGGAGUGGUCGGUGUCUAUCCGGGCGCGCCUGACCUGAAGAUAGUCAAGGUGUUUGGGGAGGUCGGCUUGCUCGACGACCCCAGCACGCCCGACGAGGAUGAGGCGUGCGGCUGGACCUAUGCCUCACAACUCGUCGAUGCGGUUCAGCGAUGUGUCGACAGCGGAGCCAAGAUCGUCUCGAUGUCGCUCGGAGGUCCGGGUCGGUCGGACUUUGAGCGUGAUGCCUUCCAGACAUUCUUUGAUGACGGCAUCCUCAGCAUCGCGGCCGCCGGCAACGACGGAGAUGACAGCUACAAUUACCCGGGGUCCUACUCCUCGGUCAUGAGCGUCGCCGCCACCGACAGCAACAACAAGAAGGCGAGCUUCUCGCAGUACAACGACGAAGUCGACAUCGCUGCCCCAGGCGUCGACCUCGUCUCGACUGUCGGCCCUCCGAGGGACACUGGGGUGGGCCCUCCGGGCUAUGAUUCGUCCGGGGGGACCUCCAUGGCCGCCCCGCACGUUUUUGGCCUGGCAAUGGUGUUUUGGAACAAGUACCCGUCCUAUACCAACGCCGAGGUCCGCACGGCGCUUGAGGAGGGCGCCGAGGAUCUGGGCGAGACGGGCAUCGACGACUACUUUGGCCAUGGCCUCGUCAACUACCAGGGAGCCGAGAUGAGGCUGUUCACGCCAUCGCCGCCGCCGUCGCCCCCGCUCGCUCCACCGGCCCCCCCAAUCGAGUUCCAGGUCACCGUGGGUGGCGGCAGCUCGGAGGGAGAGGUGUCGUGGACCCUGACGUGCAGCGGCGCGUUGAUCGGCAGUGGAGGAGCGCCCUACUCCGGCACUCUUUCCGCGCCGCCCGGCGAGUGCACGCUCGACAUGUACGACUCGGACGGCGACGGCUGGAACGGCAACCUGUGGGAGGGUGCGGGCUAUACGUACACCUGGCUCGUCUCGCUCGACGGCCCGGGCUACUUUAUCGGCAAACACUACUGCGGCGGCACGCUCAUCGCGCCCGAUUGGGUGCUCACCGCCGCGCACUGCACGCAAGACACCGUCGGCCGCGUGGCCGUCGGCAUGCACGUCGUCGCCGACGUGAACACCGACCCGUGCGUCUCCUUGCACGAGGUGGCGGAGAUCUUCAACCACGAGGACUACGGCUCUCCCAAUUCAGAAAGCAACGACGUCUCGCUGCUCAAGCUCGCCACGCCUGUAACCGGCUAUGCGCCCAUCGACUUGCUCGACGGCCCUGGCAUGGACACGCCCUUCCAGGAGCACCUCGCCAUGCUCACCGUCGCCGGCUGGGGCACCAUGUCCUCCGACGGCGUGUCCUCGCCGGAGGCCAUGGAGGUCGACGUGCCGGUGGUCAAGAAUGAGGACUGCAACGUUGCCUACAGUGGCCAGAUUGACGACACGAUGAUCUGCGCCGGCGACACCGCGAAUGGCGGCGAGGACGCGUGCCAGGGCGACUCGGGUGGCCCCCUCUUCGGCAUCGACGCCGACGGCAACUACGUGCUCACGGGCAUCGUGAGCUGGGGCUCCGGCUGCGCCGACGCCAACUUCCCGGGCGUCUACGCGCGCGUCUCCCACUUUGAUGAGUGGGGCUGCACCAUCUACAACGUGCCGCCGGUCGGGCUGGACGUGAUCGCCUUUGACGUGGAGGGGGACCCCUACCCCUACUACGACUACGACGGCGACGGCGAUUUCCGCAAUGACUGCCCCUUCGACCACCUCUUCGUCAACGGCGUGAAGUACUGCGGCACCUCGGGCCCGGCCGGUGUCGUGCCGUCGGAUGGGACCAUGACGUGGGGCGUUGUCGUGGAGGAAGUGUCCGUGAUCAAGUUCACCGUCGUUGUCACGAUCUCCGCCGAAGUGAACGACAUCGACGUCACUGAACUCGAGGGCUCCUUUCGCCCUGCGCAGCAGUGCUUCGAGCCAGAGUGCGGCCUCACCGUGACGCUCCAGCCCGUCGAGCAAUCGGCAGCCCGUGGGGCACUCCAGGCUGCGGGAACGGUUGCUUCGAGCACGGCCAGCGUGUUCAAGGAUGGCAACACACUUUCCGCCGUGCGCAACGCGAACUAUGUAUUCGCGAGAAACUCAGCCACCCAAGCCGGCAAUAUCCUGAAUCAGCCCGUCAGCGAGUCCAUGGACCCGUCGUGCUUCCCGAGCUCUGCGAUGGUGCAGCGUGCCGACGGCGAGACCGCCCCCCUCUCCUCGCUCUCCGCCGGCGACUCGAUCCUCGUCGCUGCGGCCGACGGCACCCUCGCCUUCGAUGCCGCGGCCUUCUUCCUCUCGCUGACGACCGCAACGGCGACGGUCACGCUCACCCCGACGCACAAGCUGCCCGCUGGCCCGGCAAAGGCGCUCAAGCAGGCGUCCGAGGUUGCCGUCGGAGAGACGAUCUGGCUCGCGUCGCCGGCCGCGGGCGCGCUCGAGCCCGUCCUCAAGAUAAGCACGGUCGUGGCCGACGGGCUGCACAGCCCGCUCACCAAGCACGGAGGCUGGCCAAUCGUUGACGGCGUCGCGACCUCAUACAACAGCGCGGCCGUCGUCGCGCGCAACAAGUACCUCGUCCCGCUCGUCGAGGCGGUCUGCCCCUCCCUCGGCCGCCUCGUCGUGGCGGCCGCGAACCCAAAGGCGAUGCACUACAUCGAUGGCGAGGUGGUCGAGCCGCUCUCUUCGCUCGAGCUUGCGCACGCGGCCGUGGUCACGCUCACGGCCGCCAGUACCACGUUUGGCGCGCGCUCAAGCUCGCGCCAUCGUUUGUCGUAGUUGGGGAGAGCUCACCUCAAGCGAGCGAGAGACGGAGCCCACGGUUUACAAACCAAAGAAAUUCGC